ACCAAAUCUAAUAGGAGAUUUUCCUUUGGAAAACCUUCUAAAAAUCGGAAGAUUUUCAGGCGGAAAAAUGGGCGAUUCGGAGAAAAUGAAUUCGAAGAAAUGGAUUUGGAAAAAUGGGUGGCGGAAAAUUGGAACGGAAAUUUUGUCUGCGGAGUUUUGGGUGACGGAGGAAUUGGUGGUCGGAACUCGGAAGUAUGGAGGCGGAGAAAUGGUCUGAUACCUUCUGAGAGAUUUGGUAACAAUGAUAUUCCUAUUUCCUUGCUACUGGAUAUUCACAGAG